UGGUAGCUGAGAAAACGCAAGAAAAUGACCGAAAACAACUAAAUAACUUUGAAUUUUUGAAGAAACUUGGGAAUUAUCUAUUUUUGUUACAUGGAUACUUUUUAAAAGGCUAUGAAAUCAUAGACUUUGUUAAUUUGUAAGUUGUAAGAUUCACGAUCUUAGGUUGUUUUGGGGUUCAGAAUUUUCUUCUAAAUCCCCCUUUUUUUUCCACCAUAGCUUGAGUUAUGAAUGCUGUUUGUAGUCUACCUUUGACCAUUUCUUGACCACUUGUGGCAACUGGAAUGAAAUGCUUGAGUAUGACAUUUCUUGACUACUUGUGGUAAUGUUGUUGGUGUUUGUCAGGAAACCCAAUAUUUCCUAAUUAUUCCGGGAUUUCAAUUUUAUUAAUCUCCUGAAUUUAUUUCCGUGAUGGUGUUAUUUCCUUGAUUUUCUUUUAUGUUGUCAAAUCUGCAUUUAUUUUUAUUUCCAAACUAAGUGCAAUUCUUCUGUAUUUAAGAUGCAAAUGCCAUAUGGCAAAUCAAUCAGUGAAAAACAUCAAUUGCUUUGUGCAACAAUUGAAGUCUGAUCCCCUUAAAGUGAUCAAUUGGAGGUCCGAUCCUCUUGAAGCGGUCGAUUUAUUAUUUAUUAUUUAUAUUUUUUUCCUGAUUUUCAACUGAUAGAAACCCGAGUUUUCUAUCAUUGAUAUCAGAGAUGUUCGAUUCUCUCCUUUUCUUCAUUUACCUUAUUUUGCCGUAAAACCCCAAAAAAAGGCUACCCAAUAUUCUGUUUUUGUCAAAAAAAGAAAGAAAGGUGCAAGGCUUUGUUGUGGUUUCGCCGUGUGUAGAGGUGACCGAACGGUGGAUUUGCCGUGUGUGGUGGUUUGCAUGAAGUAGUGUGUGAAGCCACGACGUCGUGCAGUGGAGUGGUGAGGUGAGGUGGAGCUGUUGCCAUGCGGUGGUGGCUAUUCAAGGUUGUGGUGCUGUGUGAUUCGGCCAUGCGAAGUGGGUGCAGGGCAGCAUGGUGGUUGGCAUUUUGUGUGGUUGUCUAACCACGGUGGUGAGGCGGUCGGCCAAUUUGUGGUGUUUGUGGGUGUUGUGUGGGCUGACAGUGACCACGUGUAAGUGGUGCAGCGGUGGCUGUACGAAGAGGUGGACUUUGCGGCCGUUGUGCAAAGUUUUGGCGUUGCAUGGUGGUGCGAAGAGUGGCGGGCGGAGCAGCGGUCGUGCGAAGGUGACCGGCGCGGUGGAGGGCCAUGUGUGGCAGCACAAUGCGUUGUGCUGUGUGGGAGUUAAUUUGGAGAAGAAGGAGGCGUUUGGCUGCAAACUUAAAAAAUCAUUCAGCUGAAAAAUGUCGGCAGCUAGUUGGGGAAGAGGCUUCAUCUCAGAGUGGGAAGUUCACGAUCUUGAACUGUUUUGACAUGGGCUCUGGAACUGUGGCAUGCGGUGUGAAGGAGGGUGUGAAGCUGUACGUCUACAACAUCCGUGCUGCUCAUGUUGAAAAAGUGAGGCAUCUUGCAAUUGAGUCUGCCUUAGUUGAUGCAUUGUCACAGGGGUUGCCUGCUAAAGAUGCAGCCAAUCAAGCACAGAAAGAAGGUGCAAAGGCUGCAAAGUUGGCAACCCGGCAAGCCAAGCGCAUUAUAGGCCCCAUUAUCUCUUCUGGAUGGGACUUUUUCGAAGCAAUAUACUAUGGUGGUACCAUAACGGAAGGGUUCCUCAGAGGCACUGGAACACUGUUUGGCGCCUAUGCUGGUGGUUUCUUUGGAGAGCAAAGGCUUGGGAAGUUUGGCUACCUUUUGGGAAGUCAUUUGGGCAGUUGGGUUGGAGGUAGAAUAGGACUUAUGGUAUAUGAUGUGGUUAAUGGAGUGCAUUUCUUGCUUCAAUUUGUUCAAACUGAAGAAAGUGCAGUUCGCGAAACGCCAGCUUAUGAUAAUUCUGAAGCCUCUGAGGAUUCCUAUGCUGCUUAUGAGGCUCCUUCAUAUGAGUUCUGAAGCAUCUGAAAAUGCCAAUGUUUAUGAUACUCCAGAUUAUGAGAGCUCUGAAACAUAUGAAGAUUCUGAACUGAGGUGAAUACAUGAGGUUAUAUUUAUGAUUCUUAUCUUGGUAGUCUAUAAUUUAGUGACUUAUUCAAAAUUUAUGUAUAAAUCUAGGCAUAGGCUCGUCAUACAACUCUGUGCUCAUGCUUCAUUGAAGUAACCUUAAAAUUCUAUGGGAAGUCAUUUAGUUGAACAUGCUUCUGUAAGUCAUGGAAUGUAUUACUGACUACUGUGUCAGAAUGGUGUUUGUAUUUCUGAGUUUACAAUGGAAAAAAAAAAAAAAAAAAACAUUUGGGAGUUGGUUUUCCAGCUUCAUGGGGUAAAUCUGUUUGUUUAUGCA